UGACGUCAGAGAGCGGGCGCCUGGUACGGGCGGGCGGCGCCGUGAGGGGAAGAUGCCGGUGGCGGUGAUGGCCGAGAGCUCCGUGAGCUUCAGGCGGCUCUUGGAGCAGUGCGAGACGCAGGAGCUGGAGGCCCCUGGAGGAAUUGCCACACCCCUUGUUUAUGGCCAGCUUCUGGCUUUGUACCUGUUGCACAAUGACAUGAAUAAUGCACGUUAUCUCUGGAAAAGAAUCCCUCCUGCUAUCAAAUCUGCAAAUGCUGAACUCGGCGCGAUUUGGUCAGUGGGACAAAGAAUCUGGCAGAGGGAYUUCCCAGGAAUCUACACAGCAAUCAGCGCACAUCAGUGGUCUGAGACUAUCCAACCAAUCAUGGAAGCGCUCAGAGAUGCAACCAGGAGACGAGCCUUUGGACUGGUUUCCCAGGCUUACACAUCAAUAGUUGCAGAUGAUUUUGCAGCCUUUGUUGGCCUUCCUGUAGAAGAAGCUGUUAAAGGUGUGCUGGAACAGGGCUGGCAAGCGGACUUUGCAACUCGCAUGGUGAUGCCUAAAAAGCCUGGUGUGCUGGAAGCUUCCUUUAACAGAUUUAUUCCUUCAUCAGAACCUGCUCCAGUCCCACCAAUUCCCAAUGAACAGCAGUUGGCCAGAUUGACUGACUAUGUGGCUUUCCUGGAAAAUUGAUCACUCUGCUCCUGUGUUCAGAACAGCUCGGGAAUCCUGUGUACUGACAGUUCUAGAUCUAAGAUUUAUUUUAUUCCAUAUCUGUUAAAUGUUGCAGCAUCCCCCACUCAGAAGUGUGAAGUAUCCAGCAUAUGUCAGGCCCAUGCCUCUUUUGCCAAAGUCCAGCUAGCAGUGAAACAAUCCUUUAACUCCUGCAGUAUUUAUUCAGUAGGUACACAGCAGUAUUACAUAGUACAGGGCUGGUUUUUUUUUUUAAUUUGAGUUAAAGCAGAUCCUUUUUCAGGUAUGUUAGAAACGGAGAAGAAACAAUUCUGUGAUGAGUACUGCAGUGCUUAUCACAGAUCUAUUGCAUGUUGAACUAAAGGACAGAGAGUGGAAGACUGCCCAGCCUG